GUUGCGUGAGCGCGCGCGACUCCUCUUCCUCGGGCCCGUCACCCCGCCCCCUUCACCCCUACCUCUACCGUCGCCGCCGCUCCCGCGCCCUCUGCCGCCGCUGCUGCCGCCGCCGCCCAGGCUCUCACGAAGGAGCGGUCACCGGCUGUGGAGACAGUGCGGCCCAGGCCCAGCACCGAGUGCGGAGCCGGAGGCACACACGGACUAGCCGAGCCGAGCCGGCCGGCCAGCUUCAGCCGGGGCAGAUUGGCAUAAAAUGGCAGACCAGAGACAGCGUUCACUUUCUACCUCUGGAGAAUCAUUGUACCAUGUUCUUGGGUUAGACAAGAAUGCAACCUCAGAUGAUAUAAAAAAAUCAUAUAGGAAGCUUGCGUUGAAAUAUCAUCCUGACAAGAAUCCAGAUAACCCAGAAGCUGCAGACAAGUUUAAAGAGAUCAACAACGCACAUGCGAUAUUGACUGAUGCCACAAAACGAAACAUAUAUGACAAGUAUGGCUCUUUGGGCCUUUAUGUAGCUGAGCAGUUUGGGGAGGAGAACGUGAAUACCUAUUUUGUGCUAUCCAGCUGGUGGGCAAAGGCCCUGUUUUUAUUUUGUGGGAUCAUUACUGCAUGCUACUGUUGCUGCUGUCUGUGCUGCUGCUUUAACUGCUGCUGUGGAAAGUGCAAACCUAAACCUCCUGAAGGUGAUGACCAAGAAUACUACGUCUCCCCAGAGGACUUGGAGGCACAGUUACAGUCUGAUGAGAAGGAGGCUACAGACACACCUAUUGUGAUACAACCAGCAUCAGCCACAGAGACCACCCAGCUCACAACUGAUUCCCACCCCAGCUACCAUACUGAUGGAUUUAACUAAGUUAAGAAAACACUGUAAUUAGAAUGGAUAAAUCAGUACCUGGCCAAUCAACAUUAGAAUCAUGAACAGUAGAAAUAGAAAUCGGGGAGGGAACAACUCCUGCCACAGGGAAAGGGCAGACACUGACCUGCCAAGAAUAUUUUGUAAUCCCUUCCGCCUUUUCUGUCACCUUCAGUGUCGUAUCUUGAUGAUACAUGAAGUGCUGUAGCAUGCAGUAUUUAAAGCAGUUUAGCUACGGUCUUCCUUUCUUCUUUUUUUUUUUUUAAUCGCAUGUAUGGGGUUAUGUUUUUAUGUAUGUCUGUGUUGUAAAUGUAUCGAGGAGUUACUGAAUUAAGUGAAUAAUGGAAGCAAUCUGCAUUCUAAGCAGUGGUACCAGCCUAAAUAUAUUUUUCAACCUACAAGUUUAAGUGAGAAUUGCUCUGAAGCCACUUUUGCUUCCAUACAAUUUAGCUCUGAAGACCUUUAGAAAACAGGAAGGGGAAUUCAUCGUUCUCAACCAAGAGUACUUGUUCACAUUCCCUGUACCUGUGUUAAAGCCAAUGUAUGACUUAGAUCAAAAUGGAAGGAUGUUUCCGGAUGGGAAUUUUAUCCCUCCUUAUUAGCUUUUGACCUUCAUAUUCUGGCUUACUCUUUGACACUUCCCUUUUUUCUUAAGCCCCAGAAAUGAUGAAUAGCUCCUUGCCCAGAGUCAGAAUACCUGUGUUUUGGUUCCAACUCCCCUACUCCUUUCUAUGACCUUGGGCAAGUCACUAAACCUCUCUGAGCCCUAGUUUGCUUAUCAGUAAAAUAAGGGGGUUAGAUUACAUGACCUGUGAGGUCCCUUCCAGAUUCUGAUUAUGAAGGAAUUUGGAAUUAUGAAAACGACUCUUCAGAAGACAUAAUCCCUGUGUUUAUGUGGUAUGUAGUUUGUACCUGAUCUCUUCAGCCUUGUUUACGUAUAUCAUUGUGAGUUUUUUUCCUCCUCAGGUAAAUUAAUUGUGGAAAUGAAAAAGAUUUCCUUUUUUAUAUUGAAACCAAAUCAUGUUUGCACAGUGUUUAAAACUGGUUUUCUGUAUCUAAAAUUUACUUUAAGGUUCUUCUGUUAACCCAGCAGUUACUCUGCAGUGAAAUCAUUGUUGUGUUUUUCUUUUAUUUGCAUUUAACGGAUUCCAUGCUAAGGAAGAUUCAGGGUGUUUGGGUUGCACUGGUUGCUUCUUCCCACUCCCCACCAUGGUAGGGGUUGUGAGGGUAGGACAGCACUAUAGAGUAAAGAGUCAGAAUAGCUGUCAACUUCCAAGCAGGUACCCUGGAGUUAGAUGCACACUGUAUACAUUAUCUUGCAUUCUUUUACUCUGUUCAAUUUCGUACUCCCCUACCCUCUCUUUCUUGCUUCUUGUUUGACAUUCCUCCACUUAUCAUUCCCAUUGGAGAUCCUAUUCAGCAGUUAAUUUAAGUAACAAAGUCUUUCCCUGGUUUAGAUUCUAGUGUUGAAGGCACACAGAAUUUCUUGUAUAAGGCUUGAUGUAGGGGCCUCCUUCGAAGACAUUGUCAAUUGUAAUAUUGGUAAAUAAUCACCUGGAAAGUUACCUUAGCCUAACUUUGCCUCUCUUCAGAUGAUUUUAGAUUUCUAAUGGGACUAGUUGGUAGGUCUGCCGAGUCAGUCCAAAUUUUUCUUAAAAGUUCUUUAGUCAAGAAUGGCAAUAGGCAAUUUAUAGUAUCCAGGGUAAGUUGUAUUGGUGCUCUGCCACACAAAUCUUUAUCCUUUCCUUUGUCCCUCUUGUUUUCAUUCUGUUUUUCUUUCUCCCUUACCCCUUUAUGGCUUAGCCCUGCUAUAAUCACCGAUAGGUAUCUGAAGGUGGUAUGUCAUUGCCCCCAUUUUGAAACUUUCUAGAGCAAAUUGCUGUCUUUUAGGCUGAGUUUAUAGGUUAAGGAAAAGUCUGUUCAGUGGCCCUUGUCAGCUAAAAACAAGACUGAUAGAAUUAAGAAUAGACUCCAUGUGUUUCUAUUUUGGCCUAAGAACUGGGUGUCCAGCAAACAAAAUCAUAAAUUAUUCUUCUCAGCUCCUGUUUCUUAACUAUUUGGCCCUGAUGCUUCAUUAACAAAGAACUCCAUAUGAUGAAUAAUACUAUGCUAUAUACUAUACCAUUAUUGUUUUACAUUUUCAUAUGAACUUUCUUUCGUGUAGGGAGUGGAUUUCCCAUCCUUUCUUCUGACUAGACAUUUUAAUUGAUGCCAUUUGCAGGAAGUAUCUAAGGAAUUCUCUAUGUGAAGUGAAUAUACUAGGUUUCCUUAGUCACAUGCCUAGUAUAUGCUAGGUUAGAGAGCCCUGGGCUACUUUUCUUCCCAGGAACUUGAUUUAAAAGAACCAUUGUAGUAAUUGCCCUUGUAGAAUCUGUGAAGACUUUUUAGAUUGGGGGGAAGGAGAGGAGCAUUUUUUUUAUUUCUUUGUUAGUUUCUUGUUUUUCUUUCUCAGACAAUGUCCUUAAUGGUUAAAGCUGAAAAUUUCUUCAACAUUAAGUAGAAUUUGGGAGCAAAGUGAACCUGGUUGUUUUUUUUCUCUCACUAGAACUUGCCAAAAAUCAACUUUUAUUUUACCCGUGAGCCUGCAUGGCCCCUUGGCAGAUGUGAGGAACUAGAUCUGAGAUCAAAUGAUAAUGUUUAUACAUGGCAUGAUGUUGUAAUGACUGUCACAAUACCAUUGGGGAGAGAAUUCUGGUCUAGACAAUUUUCCCCAUCAUGCUUAUCCCCAUAUUUCUCUUGUAAAAUUUACUUCUUCUCUGUUAGGAGAAAGGCCUAAUAAAAGGCUCCAACCUUGCAUUUAAAAGUAGCAAUAGCUUGUAAGAGGCACAAACUUUCUUCUAAGGGUUUAUAAGCCUGUCCACUACUGUAUUUGGAACUGGUUUGCAGAACAUGGUUGUUGGCUGUUAAUAACUUCACUGACACAGUACUCCCUGGGAGAAGCAAAAAGUAGCAGGAGAAAUGUAUGACAUCUAGGUUUGUAAGCAGCAUUAAAAUGGUCAUAGAUAAUUCCAUUGACAGUGAAGGAGGGAUAAUGCUUGAAUGAAUGUAUGCUCUAAUCAUGAAUUACAUUCACCUUUUUUCAAGCCCUAAACCUGUGUUACAGGAGGUGGAAAGUCCAUUUUGGUACCUUCAUAUUUCAUGCACUCUGAAAAUAAAGAACCAUGAUGGAACAACAAAGUAAUUUGUGCCAUUAAAAAUAAUAAUUCAGCUUGAAAUCCAAGUUCGUAAUAAGUGUGUAUGGUGUUAAAUUUGUUUUCAAAAAGAAUGUUUUAGAAGUGAUUUCUUCCAGAGCUGCCAAAAACAAAGUUCAAAACUUUUUAAUCAACUCUCGUAGUAGGAAACGGCCCUGUUUUAAGUGAUGGUACUAGCACUACAAAGAAGUGGAGUUCUUUGAGCCCAGGGAUUGGCGGUAAUGAGGAGAAAGCGCUUUUCAUUUGUCUUGUUUAAAAAUAUUACUAACAACUUGGACUAUGCUCCAGAAUGGCUUCUUCCUCAUCCUCCCAAGCCUUUCUGCCUAUUGGGUAAAACUGAACCAUUGUAGUUCAUAAUAAGGAGACUUAUUUGGUAACCUGUGUUUCUAGGUCCAUGUUUGACACAAUCUUUGAGUCUUUUAAAAAUAGAUUUAGUAAACUAAUGUUAUCUUUUUAAAAAUGUUAUUGGUACCUUUUGUUUUUAUACUUUAAUUUCUAAAUAUCUUCUUCUCUUCCUUCCCCAGAGAGCCAACCUUUGU